UCCGGCCAAUCCUUAUAUAUAUAUAUAUACAUAACUUAUAUUCGAUCAGAUCAGUUCCCAAAUUCUUGCAUAUGGAUAACUUCCAAUCCCAAACCCGGAAAGGCUUAUUCAAAUGCCAGAAGAAGAGGCUAACCCAGGAUCAAGUGAGGCUGUUAGAGGGGAGCUUUAACGUGAAUAACAAGCUGGACGCGGAUAGCAAGUCCCAGCUGGCGCAGCAGCUGGGAUUGCCACCGAGGCAGAUUGCAAUUUGGUAUCAGAACAAGCGAGCGCGGCGCAAGAGCCAGAGCCUGGAGGUGGACCACAAGGCCAUGCAUGAGAGGCUGGAGGAGGUUUUGUCGGAUAACGAGCGGCUGAGAGAAGAGGUGCAGAAGGCGCAGGAGAUGCUGCAGGUGGCGGCGGCGGUGGCGCCCUACUCCUGCAGCUCCGGUGAUGAAGCCGGUGGGAGCUUGGGUUUGCUUCAUGGUUCGUCCAAAGAGCUGUAUGCUUGCUUGCUGGAUGAGCACGAGAGCCAGUUUGGAACCUCGCCGGCUGAUUUAUUGCACAACUUCUUUGCUCCACCUGGAUUAUCUUAAUUAAUACUAGUUUAAUUUAAUUUAAUUUGGUGGUUGGUUAGAAUUUUACCAUCUGUCGUACGUUAAUUACUGUCUGGCUUGGCUUUUGCAGCUGGACAAUCAAGUCUGUGUAAAGUAAAUAAUUGUCACAUAAUGGAAAUUUACCUUUACUUCA